AUCGCUGUAGUUUUUUUUAAAUCGAAUUUUCGAUGAUUGCAUGUCUAGGUACCUAGUAGGAAACCGGCAGUCUCUCAACAAUGGCAUAACACCGCGCCAUCUGUCGAGGAUGCAUGUAAUACGCGCGCUUCCACUCGCUAAUCCGGUGAAAACGAAAGUGGCUGUGAGCGUCUGCAACCACUUUCUACGUCGAAAAUGUCGAGUCUCCCGAACCUGAGUGCGCUAGAACUCCGCAUUCUAGAACUAUCGCGUGCACAGAACUUCUGUUCGUACGAUAGCAUGCCGGAAAGUGUGUACGUCGCAGCAGAAGAUUCAUCAUCCUCAGAUAUAUCGGAGUCACCGCCGUCCUCACCAGGAUCUGAUCGUGCCGGGAACGCGGACUGGUGUUCUUGCGGGAAGUGCAAACCGAUGGAUACCGCUGACGAGUGUUUGUGCUGCCGGGAGGUAGAGAACGUCUGUAAAAAGCAGACGGUCAACUGCAUUACAGACAACGAAUAUUUCGAGAUACUCUGCCUCGACACCGAAGUUCUGCGAGUGUCUUUUACGUACAUCCGAGAUACUGAAGAGUAUGGCAACAUACGUGACAUCGCCGUGAACAAGAAAUUCCGUUAUAUCGCCUAUCGGCAAUUCACAAGGUGGAUAUGGGGUGGUCUGGGAAAGCACCAUAGGAAGAUUCUUCCUGCCUGCGUGGUGCAUGCCAUUAGGGAUGCUUUUCCAUCAGAUGUGUAUAAGGGCUUUGAACCUGCACACUUGUAAAAAUGUAUAUUGAU